GUAAAUAAAGCCCGAACUUCAACUGUACCUAUUUUGUGCGCGGUCAUCCAGCAAGCUUCCGGAGAAAUACAGCAGGAUAUGGAUGACGAUCCAUUCCGCCGUCGUAUGCAGCGGCGGGGUACGACACCUGGGAGAAUAUACAUGGAUGAACCGGUGCCGCCGCCGCCGCGUCAGCCGACGAGCUUCUUGAGGCAGGAACCUACCCAGAACGCACCCUCAUUGCCGGAGUCUCACGGCCCACACUAUGUUGGUGGUGGCCCGCCGCAUGCAGCCCCGACAUACUACCGACCGGCUCCCGUUCACGACCAGGCAUAUUACUACCACCAGCCGCAUGCAACACAGUUUGUUGACCCGCGGCCGCGGGUAGAGUCGCUAGACGUGUAUGAGCGACCGCUGUCACCCAUAGACCGAAGGAGACAACCUUUGCGUGCACCAUCGGUCCAGUCUAGAGGAUUCAUAAGACCCCGAUCCCAGUCUCCAACCGGCCCUAGCAGGGAAAAGGCACCGUCGGGAUCGCCGUCUAGCAGGCAUAGACAGAGACGGUACACGGAAAACUACCACUCUGACGGUGAAGGAGAUGGCGAAGAUGGCGAUGAUAGCACCAACGAGCACAUCAGGAGGGUGCCCCGAAUUGCCCGGGAAUCGCAGCAGAUGCCCGAGUACCUGGAGGAGGCCGACGAAUUUGGCAACCCACUCUCCCCCACCGUCUACUCGUUCACGCCCUCGCGCAUCUCGCACACCGCGUCUACCCAGCUCAGCUCAGACGCUGACGACGAACCGCUCGAGGAAGCCGGCGGUGAUGCUGCGGCGGGCGGCACUGGCGGGCGAAAGGAGCCGGACCACCGUGGACUUCGACUGUCCCAUGUGUUCCAGUCGCAGUACAACGGCGACUACACACUCGGAGGCUCACACGGCGUCAAGCUCGCCGCGGUUUCGAGCAGCAGUAUGAGGUAUCAGCCUCUGUUCCGGUGGCUACAUUGUACACGAACUUUGAUGGAUUUCGAUGACUUUUCGAGAGAAGCGGCACGCGUCCCGGACCUGACUCCGGUGGAGCAGAAAGGCAUUCGUGACCUGCUCGUCCGUGUCCAGCGCAAGUUCGUGAAAACGGUCCAGACGGCCUCUGGGAGAAGCGUCCGUCACAUGGAGCCUGCAUGCAUUCAGCAGAUCCUGCCCCCGGACAGCGCUUCCAGCAGUCGCCGCACCGUGACUUGGAUCUGUCUCCCAUACUUCACGCUCGAGAAGUACUCGGGUCUGCAGGGAGCCCCUGAGAACUCGUCAGCUUUUCCCAUCGAAACGCUGCUGCAGGCCAAGUUCUCGAGAGCGAGCAAGGAACGGGACAUGCGGCAGGCCGUCUGCCAGAGCAAAGACAUACCAGCCGGACUAUGCUUCCACGUCGCGCAGAUCUGGUGUCUUAUCGUCGGAAACUCGCUCCUAUUCACCUACAGCCGUAUGACAGAGGAAACACUCCGCGCACACUCGGUCGAGAUCUCAGUUCCUUCGUUUGCAAUGAGCCCCGAUUCGAGACCACUGGCUGUCAUCGCCGUGUCGUACAAGCAAGCUGUGCUGUGGUCAAUACCUCUCGAGGAAUGCCAGACCUGGCUCGACUUUCAAGCACGGUUUUGGGAGUUUUGGCCACAGCGCCUUCAGUUCUUCCACCGAAAGCGGCCGGUGACGGGUGGCAACUGGCCGCGGAUUUGGAAUCUUGCAAAGCACACUAACACCAAGAUCGUGCUGGAGAUGCGGAUUGGGCCUCAUCCCACACCACCACCAGCCGGAGUUCUGAUUCCCACUGGUGUCGGACAAGCCACAGGGAAGGUCGCAAAGCCCGGGUCGCAACCACAAUCGCAGUCGCAGUCGCACCCCGAAGGUUCACCGCGCCAGAGUCGUAUGGCGUCGGAGAAGCUCCCUCCCUCGACCCCGAACUGGAAGAGCAGGAGCAUGCCGGAGAGCCCCGACUCAGUGACGCUACCGGCAGUGUCCAUCUUUUCCUGCUUGCCGGGCGUUACCCACCCUGACUACGCCCACAUCGACGAAGAGGCACUUGAUGAUCACUUGCGCGAAGUGGAGGAUUACUUACUGUGCCGAACCCCUUUCAGCGACCGCCGCACAUACGCCGCCUGCCCCGAGGCCACCCGCGGUGCGAUCUACUCGGAUCUUGAGCAGGGAGGCAUCGAACUUUCAAAGCUUGAUGAUGUCCCGAGCAAAGAACAGUGGCGUUACGAGACGCAGCUGGACAUCUUCAACGCGGCCGACAUAGUAUUCAAGUUCUUCUUUCCACCCGAUGUGGAGAUGCCGACGAUCCGAAAGUUCUGGGGGGCAUUGGAUAUCAUCAUCACCAAUGGCGUACGCAAGACUCCCUCCGAGCGUGAGCCUCCGCGACGGACCGGCAAGCCCUUGCUCUCUAACGGCACACUGAGAACCACGCGACUCAGGCUUCGCAGGCUGUGCGCCCAGCUCCUAGCAUUCAACGACAUCUUCUCAGACUGCGGAAGACUGGAGCAGUCCAGGAUCGCUGUGCCCAACGAGCUUGUCGAGGGCUGGAUCCACCUGCUCAUGGCCCUAGUGUACCUGCCCAUACACGAGGCCAAGAGUGACAGGCUCUUUGACGAUGCCAACGGCCUCAUCCAUAACGGCAUGGCGGCCGUGAUUCGCUCUUUAUCGGACAAGUCAUUGCUGGACAGUUCGGUCGUCCUGCCGCAGGAGCUCCUAUCUCUGAUCAGCCUGAAGCUCCUGCGGGAUUCGACUAUGGGCAUGCCAGACAUCAUCGAGUGUUAUUCUGGUUGUCUUGACGAGUUGGAGGCUGACAUCGCAUCCCGGCCGUCAGACCGAUCCCGCGAGCAUCGCAUCAGCCUGCUCAACGAAGAGAUAUCGGUUGUGAAGCGUGUGAUCAGCGUUCAAGCCUCUGUCUUCGAGUCUCUGUUCAGCUUCGCGCAGGAGACGGAGACGGGGGCAGUGAACGCGGCACCGCGCAUGCAUUCGGGUAAUCGAGCCAGGGAUGUGCCGGGACCGGUACGGAUAGUGGACCGAGUAAACUUCCGGGGAAGACACCGUGCCGGCCAUCGAUAUCACGCGGCUGAGUACAAGCCUUACUACCCCAGGGCUAGAGCUGGCGCGGUGAGGUCUCGAUCGUACCCCGACGAAGACCCAGAGGUUCAUUACUACUACGAAACCCCAACCUUCGGCCUGACAGACUCCGCCACGCACUUCCAGCUCGACCCGACGGAUCCCGGCGGUUAUCGCAUCCUGCUUCUGACUGAAUGCAUUGACUUCCUGUCGGGGCGCGAGAGGGACUUCUCCGACUUCCGGGACUGGGCGCUCUCCCUCGAACAAGUGAACCGCAAUAAGAUCGACACCACCAAGGACCGGCACGACAAUGCCAUCUACGCCUUCACCAUCGUCACCAUCAUCUUCCUGCCGCUCAGUGCCGUCGCAAGCAUCUUUGGUAUUAACACGCGCGACGUGCGCGACAUGGAGCUGGACCAGUGGGCGUACUGGGCUACUGCCGUUCCCGUCACCGUCCUCGUCAUCUUCCUUGGGCUGCUCUGGACGGGGGAGCUUGGCAACAUCUUGGGAUGGGCCCAGUCGUUUGGACAGCGCCGGGGGGUUUAUAAGUCUCUUCCGUCUGGCGGAUCGUACAGGAGGUUGGACGGGAUGGAGGAGGACUGGAAAAGGGAAUGAGAGGGUCCUUUUCUGACCGGUGACUCCAUACUACUACUUGGCCUAAUUAAUGUCAAUAUAUCCGGAAGUAGAUUUCAGGAAAGCCUGGCGGGCCGUGGUAUAGUGGUACUGACUCGAAACGUCGAAGAUACUGGAACCUAAUGCAGGGAAUCUGGAGGGCUCUCGGUCGAGUUCCGGUCGGGUCGUUCACUUUAGCCGACCUGCUUGAGGAGUGCCAGGGGUCAGUCUGCUGGUUUGGCCAACCAGCGACAGUGUACGCAAGCCGGUGCGCGGCACGUCUGCCGUCCGUGUACGACGCGAGACAUUGAUCCUCAAAUGAUAGACCAAGAAGCUGAAAGUUCGACCUAAUCGGGGUUUGGUUCCACGGUAUUUGACAAAG